AUGCGCAUUGAGGUGAAGUUUGGCUCUGCAAAGCACGACAUCGAGGUGCCAGAGGAUGCGACGCUUGGCACCCUCAAGGCAGCCAUCUACGAUGCCACCAAUGUCCUUCCUCCACUGCAGAAGUUGCUGGGCAAGCCAAACCUGCAAGCGAAGCCGGAUGACACGUUGUUGUCUGCCCUGGGGGUCAAGGAGAAGACGAAGCUGAUGCUCAUCGGGUCGGCGGCAGCGGAGGUGGUCAAGGCCAACGCGCCGUCGGCAGAGGAGAAAAAGAAGGAGGAGGAGCGAGAGCGCCGACUGCGCAAUCUGCCCUACCGAUUUUGGCGCCUGCCCGCGUACGGCGGCUUUCUGGCGGACCCGUACGUGGCCGGUCGUGGCGAACCCUUGGAGGGCGGCACGACGCUCCUGACACUGCUUUGCAUGGAUGUCAUUCUCUGCCGUCUCAAUACCCUCGGCGCAGGCAGCAGGCCCAACCCGUCCGCCGCCAGCACGAAGCUGCUACAGGCGCUGGGCCAGAGGGGUGCCGCCGAAGUGUCUCAUCCUUUUCUGCAGGACAUCUCUGUUGAUCUGCGCACCGCCAUACAGCGCGCACACGGUGCUAUCCGCUCCUGUUACGACUUCACGGUAGAGGCUAGCAAGGCGGUGCAGCCGGCGACCGUUCUGGAGGUGGUGGACAGGUGUGUGCAUCGCAUCACAAGCCUGCCGACCGGGGAGUGGACGAUGAUCCCAUCUGGCUGGAUUGGCACUCACUCGUACACCAUUAUGUUUCUCCUCGUCCACCGCAGGGCAGCUGAGGUGUUUGACUUUGUUGUCGUCAAUCGCGGCAGCGAAGGGCAGGGCUACCACCCGCGCUGGCAGACGGCGGAGAAGAUAUUGAGCUGCCCCAUUCUCAAGUUUCAGGACGUGUCAUCGACUCGGCUGCAGGACAAAACGUUUUGGCUGCUGCUGCUGUCGCUGUGGAUGCGGCGCAACGACCCGCAGAACCAGUCGGAGUUCAUCCGUGCUGAGGUGUUCUACGAUGUGUUGUUGCCGUGGCUGGUGGAGAAGCUGCCGGAGGGGCGACGCCACGAAGACGACGUGAACUCGAACAGGAGUGGCCAAGCCGGCUCCCUGCAUCUGACGACCACCCGCUUCACCACCGAGAUGAUUCUGCAGAUGACAGGCGGCGCAGGGGAUAGCGAGCAGCAGAUGUCGUCCUCGCCUGCAUCGUCGACCGAUUCGCCAUUCACACUGUUCAUCUACCGUAAUGCGGCGAGCCCCAUCUGCAGCUCCUCCAGCGGCAUCAAAUCCGUCAUCACUGCCUUCUGCUAUAUUCUAGAGCAGUACUACCCUGCGCUGACGGCUCUUGAGAAGAAGCGCGUCAAGUACGUGCUCAAGUACGAGUUCUUUGCGCGGGCCGCCGAAGACCUCUCGCGCUACUCGCGCCGCUUUCUGACCAACUCGACUUCCGUGACACGCGCCGACAGCGUCCAGGCCGCGCCGACGGCAUCCAGAUCGCCGGCACCGAGCACCAAGGACGCCCAGCUGCGCGCUGCGCUUGAUCGCCUCAAGGCAGCCGGCAUCAACGACACGGCCGCCAACCUGUCCUUGAGCGCUGUGUGGCCGCGUCUCGCAGACAAUCGGGUGUACAUCAAAGACAAGCAGAACAAGAUCUUGCCCGACACCGACUUCCGCGACAAGAUGGUGCUGUUGUUUGUCGGGAGCCUGAGGGUCCCGAGCGGGAAGGAGACGUCGACGCUGCUGGCGGAGGCAGUCACAGUGAUGAAGCAGAAGUGUGGCCCCGACGCCGUCGAGGUCAUCUUCCUCAGCUGCGACGAGACGCAGGAUGACUACGAGGAGCACUGCGCCCUCUUCGACUUUCCGCGUGCUACAUACCCGUGUGUUGAGGUGCUCAACGCGAUGGAGCUGGUCAAGGUACCGGAGCUUCUCGUCUUUCAGAGAGAUGGAGAGUUGCUGCACCGGCAGGGCAUCUCAGCGCUUCAGUCCGACCCUGAGGCAGCUCAAUUCCCGGACGGUCCAUGGAAAGGUGCGGUCCCUCUCUCUGCCACAGACGUGCAGCUGCUACGCGUUGGCGCGAGUCAGCUGGCGCACCACACGAAGAAGCGACUGGACCGCGGUCAGCCUCCAGUCGCUGGCAGUGAUGCCGUGGUGCAACACGUUGUGGAGCUCGUGCACGCCGUCGAGGCAGUGGUUGACGCACUCCCGCAGGACGACGUGCAGGAGCUGAUUCAGGCAGCCAGCGAGGUGCGCACCAGCACGACAGCGAGCGCCGCGAGCGUUACGGGUGGCGCAUCCACAGUAUCGUCAUGCCCUCAGCGUACGGUGGACGCCAUGGUGCAGGAGCCCAUCGACGUUGCUCGCGAAGGUGUCUUCCAGAACGCUGAGCUCCUCCCCAAGGUGUCGGUCGCCGCUUACUACGGCCCAGCUUUCCAGUCGUCCGUUCCGUCCUUGCCUGACAUCCAUGACCUAGCCAAGGCGACAAACUACGCCGAGUUGUUCGCGCUCCUGCCGCGCGUGCGAACCGUCGUGGAGACGCUGUGGAGGCGCGCCGGCAACAGCGGCACCGCCUCUCGCGUCGCCGUACAGCUGCAGAUUAUCGAGUUCAUCACGUGGAUCUUCUCCACGCUGAUCCCUGUGCCCCUGCCCGCGAGCUACACCAUCGAUGCCGUGCCGCAAGAGGAGCGGUGGUGUGUGUCUAGCUUCUAUACCGAGGACAUCAUUCCACCAGCGCUGCAGCCGCCGGUGGGAGAGGGAGGUGUGGUGCCGCACCCACAUGCCACCGACCCGCAACUGACGAUGUUGGAGUGCGUGUACUACCUAAUGCUGUCGCUGGUGAAUGCCUGGCAGGCUGUAGAGACGCCGACGCGCAGCUUCGAUGCGGAGCGGUGUCUCAUUUCGAUGGACAUGCUGCUCGUCUUCGAUGCCAUUCUGCGGCAGGUGAAAGGCAGCGACAAGUGCCGCAUGAUUUCCACGCUGCUGAACACCGGUGGCGGCUGCGGCUAUUUCCUUUCCACCACGCAGGGCAAGCAGAACAUCGCCUUUGCAUCCGUGGCAGCGGCACUGCAGCUGACUCGCCCGCAUCUGCUCCCGAUUCGCUCCGCCAUACUGCGGUACAUUGAGGAGCAGCAGAAGAUGCGGCUCGGCCACGAGCUGUUCGACCUGCGGAUGCCCGACAAGCUUGAGCUUUUCAAGGGCAGCCACACCGUCGACUUCCUUAAAUCAGUGCUGGCCAACGCGGGGUACUCACUGGAGCAGUCCGGGGGCCUCUUUGGCGGUGGCUCGUCGGAGAUGGAGAAGCUGAUGGAGUGGCUCUGCAGCAACCGCUCACCGCUGGCGAAGGAGCAUCCGACAUUCGGGAUGAUGCGAGACAUGACGCUGCUGGCGAAGUUUAUGGGCACCAUGGAGAUGCGCGACGCACAGCUGCUGCACCGCCGCAAGGAGCUCGACGCACUUGCCUCGUGGCGCAUCUCGUUCGAGGAGGACGCACCGGGGCGGCAGAUGAGCGCCGGAUGGCGAACCCGCCCAGCGCCGCCGCGGUGGGAGUGCCUGAUGGUGCGUGGGCGUGACAUGGACAUUGCCGACAUCGCCGUCAAGGGCUUUGGCGACCGCGAGGUUAUGUACGGCGAGGGCCUGGCACUGCACUCGCCCAUCGACGUGUCACGGAUGAUUGAGGUGGACCACCCCACCGAGGACGACGUGCUGCACGCAAAGGUGCUGCCGACGUUUGCCGGCACGAUGAAUGUGGAAGAGUCGGAGGUGCUGCUGUCAUGCCUGACCGCGCCGUAUGUGCGGAUCCCGCUCGUCCUCGACUUCUUCGCUUCGCAGGACCGCCAUACAUACCUGUUUGUGUACGAAGUGCAAGAGGUGUUGCGUGCGGUGCUGUUCGAGCCGGCUGCGUACGCCUCGCCGGCCGCGCUGAGCCACGCCGAUCCCCGUUCCGUUCCUAUGCGGCUGAGUAAGGAGCAGCGCGAGAUGGUGGAGCUGCGUCGGCUACGCGGCGACCUGAGCCAGCAAAACUACGAGGGCUGCCUUGGAACCACGUAUGGGCUGCUUAUGAGCGAGCUGACGCACGCGCCGACCAGCGUGCUUCGUCCGCUGCGGAGCCUCUUGGAGAGCAUCACGGAGCUCGGCCCCAGCUCCGUGUACAGCAGCAAUGCCUCCUACGUCCUCUAUGUCGUCGGGCUGCUGUGUGAUGUGCUGUCCUUUUGCCGCUUCAUCGCCCACCAGCAGCGGGAGCGGCAGGCGGAGGCCUCCCGCACGGCACCGGCUGCCUCGCCAAAGACGGAAGAAAGCGACGAAGCGGCGGAGAGCCGCCGCAGCGAGGGUGCCGUGGGCGUCAUACAGGAGUAUCACCGCCACUUUCUGCAAUUCUUUGUCGCCACAGUGCAGCCGUUGUUGUGGGCGUGGCUGGAGGAGAGUGAGGAGAACGCCGACACGCCGACGCAGUGCGUCAUUCACGCCCACAUGAGUCGGGUGGACCGCGCGCUAUGGAAGGGGUACGACUCACUGUCGGCAUCAGCGGCGUCUUAUGGCGCGGGCGGUGGGCAGCAUGGCAGUUCGCGGUCCGGGGUAACCAGCGCCGCGCCUGCGGAGGACCCGCAUGCGCACCUGAUUCGUAUGCUCCGAUCGUAUGCGUUUGUGAGAGCACGCCACGGGUUUGGCAUGGGCAUGCAGCGCAGCCAGCUCGCGGCCCAGGAGGGAGACAACUUGCUCACGCCGGAGGAAAAGAUGCUGCGCUUCCUGCAGGCACAGGGCUUGAACACGUCGCGCGUCUCCAAGGAGCUUCUUGAGCAGGGCAAGCAGCUUAUGAUGAGUGGCGGACGUCGCCGCGCUGUUUUUGUACAGAUUCGCAGCCGCAACUACAACGACACGGUGCGCGUUCCGAACUUGAUACACAGCGACCCGAGCAGCACGACCGAGUCGAAGCUGCUGAAGCUGCCGCCAGCUGAUGUGCCGGAAAAUGUACUCUUCUGCGACUUGCUAGGGGAUCACCAUCUGAUCACGUCAUUUCUGGACGAGAUGACGCCGCAGCGGCGCGGCGCUGUGCUCUUGUCCAUCGUUCAGUCCGUCCUCCGCGACCACACUGAGUCUGAAGGUGGUGCGCCUGCCCCAGGCACACUGCAAGACCGCAGGCGCCUUCGCCGCAGCCGCUCCACGAGCGUGUCAGCGCGCGCAAGCGCCGUGAACCUGGAUACUAUGAUGGACGACGAUGACGAGGGCCACGCCCCUCACGAGUGCUGCUCGCAGCGGGAGGAAACGCCGCUGUGGUCCAUCUCGGCUCCUGGCGUCUACAAAGGGCCGGCGUCGAGCGGGCUCUUCUUCCAUGCUCAGACGUGCGAGUUGUUUUGGCGCAACGACGAGCUGAAGCCCGUUCCGGACAGCAUGUCGCACUUCACCGACUUUGAAAACAUCUUGGGCAAGGACACCUUGCAGUGUGGCCUGGUGAGUCGCCACGAGCACCGGCACUGGGUGCAUCUGGUAGGCACGCCGUACGACGUGAUUGAAUGGACGGCACCGCCGGACCUGUCCGAUCAAGGUGUGCAUCACCCGUUUGUGAUUGCCGGCAACUGGCCAGCGGAGUCGGUCGAGAGCGCGCUUUUCGAGAACAUCACCUACGAUCGUGUCAUCGCUGUAGAGGACGACAACCCGUGGCCGCAGAAGGAGGAGCGGUGGGCCGUCAACAUGCUGCGAGACAUUCUGCGAGCCGCGUUCCCGAACGGGAUGAGGUUCUACCCUCUGGCCCCUGCGCUGUCGACGGUGGCAGCCAGCGACGCCGGCAACGAGGAGGAGGGGGAGCGACUGACGGUGCCUGCGCUGCACCACUACGAGAUGCGCUUCCUCAUGAACGACGCCCCCCAGUACGAAAGCGAGACCGAUCGGGCAACGUGGAAGGAGGCCGUAGCCUACCGCUACCCGCAGCCGCGCAUAGAAAUAUACAACCUCGUGCCGCACGCCCGCAAGCUGUACCGCUCGCUUGUCUACAGCACAAACCAGCACUACUGCUUGCAUAGUAUGGCGCUGCUGACAGGGACACGCACGCGCGAGUCGCUGGCGGUGACGGCGUUUCAGGCCGGCGAGCUGAAAAGGCGCAUCUUCAACGAAAGCACGCUGGAAAUCCACCGCUACAACGAGGCAAUCCGUGGCCGUGAGGUGUACAUUCCGGCGAGGCUGCUGCAGGGGCUGAUUCCGAGUGUGCUGCUGGAGUCGUUCUUUAUGUGGCAGGGCGAGGACGAUGUGCUGCGCGGGUACCCGCUCUCGGAGGAGAGCGAGACUGCUGUCGUCCUGCUGGACGCCGCCGCGUCCGGCGCCGGAAAGCGCAAGCCGGCGCGGGGAGAAGUGGCGGACCACUGGUUCAACUACAGCAUCGAGGUUCACCUGCACUUGGGUCGACGUGGUAGCGGCGCAGUCGAUGAGGCUGCUUCAUCACCGGCAACAUCGUCGGCGUGUGUGGUGGUGCGCCGCAAUGACAAGGGCCACUCUGCCAUCGCGGAGAAGCGUGCGGCAUCGCCGACUGACGUGGCGCGCACCAAGACCAUGGCGGAGGCGCAGGGUGCCGCGCACCGCCUCAUGCUGGAGCGCGCCACGAGCGGCGAGGGCUCGAUGGAGCUGUCGACUGACGCUCUUCACGCAAACGAGGAAGACGAGAGUGGCAGUGGCCUAAUACGGAUCGCCGACGCCGAUGUGGCGCUGCUUCACGAGGCACUUUCUCACCUCCCCAAGGGCGUGUGCAUGCAGCUGCUGCGGCAGGCUCGAGGCGACAUUGCGUCGGCGUUGACGUGGGCAUCCUCCGCUGCCAACGCAGAUGCGCUGCUCGCCAUGGUGGGGAAGGAUGCGAAGGCCAGCGGCGAAGAGGGUAGCAGUAAGAGGCACCAACUAGCGCAGAUGGUAGCGAAGACACAGCGGGCAGUGGAGACGUGCGACUACGUGCUAGUGAACCUCUUGCAUUGUCGGAAUCUCUCGCAUCUGCUGCAGAUGCUCACGCGCAUCGAGGAUUGCUCUCAUAUUCUGGCGUGGGGCCGUCGCUGCUCCGCUGCGGGCAAGGCAAAGCGCGAUGCUGCUUCAGCGGACGAAGGUACGGCACACUCGCUGCGCGUGGAGGACACGACCGACACAGGAAGUUAUGUCCAAAUAGAGUUAAUUGAGAUGCCGCGGCUGCGUGUGCGCUUCUACACAAGCACAGACGGCGCAAGCAGUCGCGCUCGACUGUUCCUGGCGGAUCAGCCGGGCUGGCGCCUCGCCGAGUGGGACGACUUCCACACGGCUCGCUGUCGGCAGCUGCGGGCGCUACAAGCGCCGUUUCAGCAGUGUCUUCUCCUCUGCAACAGCACGUGCGAGGUCGCCUUCUUGUGCCCGAACCACGACUUUGCGCCCAUGAAGAUCAGCGACGACCCGUUCAAUCCGAUGCUUCUCUUUGACCGCUCGUCCUACACGUGGAGGGAGGCAGUGCCGUCCCCUUUCUACGUCUACGUCGUGCACAGCAGCAGCAGCUUCGUGAUGCCACCGUCGCUGUCGGCGUCACUCUACUACGCCGUUAUGCAGUGUGCGACGCAGCACUACGCAGGCGCCAUGCGCACUCUCGAGUCCUGCUACACGGACAGCAGCUUCUCCACCGAGGAGGGGUAUAUGUUUGCGCUGUUCGAGCGUACCAUGGCGGACCGCUUCCCCGACGCGUGCGCGGUGCGGCUGAAGCUGGCUCACGCGGUGCAGUACAGCUUGAACACCUACCAGUGGCCGUUGGCGACCGAGCUGUCGGAUUAUUUGAUGACGAAGCACCACGUGGCAGAGGACUGCCGACUGUCGCGCGGUGAGGUUCUAGACCUGCUCAAGCGCUGUGCGCAGGCGACCCCGAUGGUGCGCAGCCAACUAGAGCUGUAUGCCGGGUUGAUGAAGCUGGAACACAAGCAAUCAGACAGGUCAGCGAUGGUGCCGGUGGUUGUGCAAACUCCCUCGCUGGAGCGCUGCCGGUUUCCAUGGGAGCGGCUGCUGCUGUAUCCGUGGGAACGCAUCGCCCCACAGAAGCUAAAGCGCGUCUGCUAUCAGCUGCAGAGUCCAGAGAUGGUCAAGAACGAAAAACUUGUCGAGUUUCUGUGGACAGAUCAGCUGCUCAUGGAUGAGGAAGGUGGCGCAAACACGAAGAAGGGGUUUUACUUUCUCUACUGCAUGAAGCGGAACACCGUGGCGCCGACGAUUGGCGAGGAGCACGUCGGCGUCACCCUUUCGCAGCUGCUCGCACGCUGGUUCCAGCUGCGGCACUCUCGUUGGGGACGCGAGGAGCAGCAGGGGAGCGAGACGGAGAUGGCACCGUCCUGGUGCAGCACGGUGCUGCAGCUGAUGGAGAUGUUCCCACACACGGACUGGCCCGCGCCGGCUGACAACGCGGAGCGCUACAUCCUCGCUCGCGGCGUGUCGCUGACGGAGGAGUACGAAGCGAGCGAGCACUCCCAUGGGUCGAUCAUCGGGGACCAGGAGACCGCGGUGCGCCGGCGGCGCGGCACCAUUCCGGAGCUCUUCAACGCCAUUCACCGCGUGGCGCAGAAGCACUUCAAGACGGACCACAUUACCGAGGCGGUGCGCGAGGCGCGCCAGAUGAGCCGGCUGCGCACACCGGCGAGCCAGAAGGUGACCGUGCUUAUGAGGGACCACUUGCGUGGCCGCGUGGUGCCAGGUGACACAGGCCGCGAUCAGGUAGAGUUGAAUGAGGCAGACAUCUCAGUCGACUACUUCCGGAAUGACAACGCAAAGGACGAUUCUGCCGCGGCGGCACUGCGCCGCUCUUCGCUGCAGGCCCUUUGCACCGAGCCGCUGAGCUCGCUGCAGCUGGCACAAAGUGUUAUCGCUGAGGGCGAGCCAGCUGCGCCGCCGGUGUUUCCGUCGAUGUCUGUGCUGCCUUUCGAUCUGCGCACUCAUCCCCUCUCUCGCACCCCGCUGGCGCAGAACAUGCUGGAUCGUCUGGAGGAGGACUCCAUGCGCUUCCGCACCCAGCAGCAGGCUCAGCGGCCCCGCUACUUCCAGUGCCUCUCCAAGGACAUCGUGCAGGAGCUGUUGACCACCCCAGAUGCGGCGGUCGUGACAGCGUCUCUCGCGACGGCGGUGACGGUGCUGAGCGACUGUGUGCGGCAGCUGCACGCGCUGGGAGAGCAGGACGCCGACGGCGUCAUGCGUUUACGCUCAUCGCUGCUGUCUUUGGCGAACGAUGUUCACCCAAGGUCGUCUACGGAAUCCUCUCACAGCAGCAGCGGCGUCUCUGCUGCUGGCGCACAGUCGCUUGAUCGCGGACGGCUGGUGCACUACCUGCAGCGAGCGGAACGCUCGCGUGUUGCCGUACCGCUCGAGUGGCUGUGUGCCGGCUUGCUGAGCACUACCCUUGAGAGCGACCUCAAGGCCGAGAACCUCUUUCACGGAUCCCUUCCGCAGAUACAGGCGGAGCUCAUUCUUCUCAUGCUGCUAAGCAACCGCAUGUACUUUGCGGAGCAGGCGGCGCAGGCAGUGCAGCAGCUCCUCUUGUUCUUGGAGCUGUGCGGGCACCUUCGCGGUGUCGUGCCUCCUCACGCGGAGAUGACAGCGUCUGGCAGCAAGAGCACUGUGCAGACCCGCGCGGCACGCAUUCGUGAGCUGGUGCAGCACUUCUCGCUCGAGAUCGAUCCCUCAGUGCUCCAGCAGCUCACGGCAGCGGUGCCGAUCAUCACGAACGCAAGUACUGGCACAAGUGCUGCGGAGGCGACAGGUGCAUCGGACACGUGCGUCCCUCUAUCAGAGGACACUCGCCGGACCGUGACUAGCCGGCUGCAGCAGCUGGCGAACGCUGCUCUCGAUAUGCUGACGGCACGUCGCACGUACGUCCACAUCCAUCCUGACCUUUCCUCCUCGGCGGCGGCGUCGAGUGCUGGGGAAGCGGCAGGCAAAGCAAGCAGCAGCUCCUUCAGGGCGACCCUCGACCCCCGUUUUCUUGUCUUCGAGUUCCUUUUCAACAUUCUCCUGCGUGCCCGCCAGGUGGAGAUGGUGGAGUGGUUUGUGCGCAACAUCCGCGAAGGCCAGUCGCGUGUACAGCAGAUGAUCAUGGGCCAAGGUAAGACCACUGUUGUGGGACCGUUGCUGGCCCUCAUCCUCGCCGAUGGGCAGCAGCUCAUCACACAGGUGAUGCCGACAGCGCUGCUGGAGCAGACGCGUGGCAUUCUGCGCCGCUGCUUCGGCGUCGUCGUGACGAAGCACAUCUACACGGUGCAGUUCGACCGUAGCAAUGAAGAGGGCACGAGCGAUGGAGUGGAGCUGCUCUACCAGAAGCUGAAGUCUGCGGAGGAAGACUGCUCCGUGGUGAUCGCCGCACCUGAAUGUAUCAAGUCGCUCUUCCUGAAGGGGAUCGAGCAGCUGCACAUGAUGGAAAGCGUACCCACGGAGGACAUGGAGCUGGACGAGGCGGCCGAUGACCGCUACGCUACCCACAUAAAGGCAUUGCGUCGCAAGAUGAUGGAGCGGUCUGCCCUGGCGGACGCCAUCACGCCGAUUCUGGAAUUGUGGAAGCGUGGCGUGCUGAUCAUGGACGAGGUCGAUGUACUCCUGCACCCCCUGCGCUCAGAGCUGAACUUCCCGAUCGGCCUCAAGCACCCUAUCGACAUGAGCGGCCCUCGUUGGCUGCUGCCUAUCCACCUUUUGGAUGGCAUUUUUGCGAGUCAGCAGAGGAGAGCGUGCGAGGACGUGCAGCGGCAGCUGGAGUGCGGCUCAUCUAGCCAGACUGCUAACUCGGUGCGCUUGGGUGGCUCAUCGCUGGCCGAGAUGAGGAGCGUUCAGGAGGAGAAGCGGCGGCACGCUCUGAGUGCCAUCCGCAGCGUCAUUCUCACCGGUUUCCGCCAGCGCGCCCUUCAACGAGAGCCGCACUUGGUCUUGCUCGACCCUAGCCACUACUACGUCGAGCAGUUGCUGCCGGUGCUCGUGCCGUGGCUGCAGCUGUGGCUGCACGAGCAUCUGAUGGACCACCUUCCAGAGCAGGAGCGCCAGAACUGGGCCUACGUGUCCUCGGAUGCGUUUGCCGAGAAGACGAAGCCGUUCUUGCUCUCCCCGGUGAAACGCGACGACGCGGAAAGCUACGUAUCGCGCGAGUUGAAUGCGUGCAUGCCUCACUAUGGCCUGCAGCUGCUGAACCUCGCACACGAUUGGCUUCAUCGCUUGCUGCCGCAUGUGCUCGCCAAGAUCGACCGGGUCAGCUUUGGCGUGUUGCAGCCGAGCGACCUGGCCCUCAGCGGCGAUGCAGCCCGGAUUCCGUACAGCCGAAAGAUGACGGCCGUCCCCUUCGUCGCGAAGGAUGUGCCGAGCCGCAGCUCUGAGUUCGCGCAUCCGGAUGUGGUCAUUGGGCUCACAAUCCUUGCCUUCCGCUACGAGGGACUACGCCUGCAGGAUGUGAGGGAGCUCGUGACGCAGCUGAAACAGGACUUUGCGCGGCAGGCGGGGCCGAAGGAGCACCGCCCGGCGGCAAAGCUGUACAAGCAUUGGCUGCGUCUGAGUUCCUCGGACCGCGCGGCCGCCGCUGCGGCUACCGAGAAGACCGUGACAGAUGACACCGAGGACGUACUUCGCUCCUUCGAGCGCGCCGGUGUGCCGCUGUCGCAGCUGCAGGUGACGGACAAGGCGCAGAUGCAGUCGCUCUACCACCUGCUGCACGGCGUGCCGGAGGUGAUCCACUACUACCUGUGCUCUACCAUCUUUCCGCGAACCAUGAACUUUCAGCAACUGAAGAUCAGCGCCUGCGGCCACGAGCUCGGCUCCUCGAUGCUAUUCACAAAGAGGAUAGGCUUCAGCGGGACACCGAGCAACAUUCUGCCGCUGGACCUUGGCGAGUGCUUCUACGAACCUGGCAGUGACGGACGUGUGCUGUCGGUUCUCACGAACCCCGAGGUAGUCCAUGCCGAGGUGCUGCCGGACAGCUGGACUCCGCUCCGGCUACUGGACCGCAUCGCCGCAGCGCAGCCGCCGUACUCAGCCCUCAUCGACGCUGGCGCCCUCAUCACGAACAUGGACAACGAGGAGGUGGCUCGCUACCUUCUGGCGCGGCUGCCAGCAGCUCUGUUCGAUGGUGUCGUCUUUCUCGACAGGCGGGAUCGGCAGAUGAUUCUGCAGCGAGACAACGGCCUCGUCAUCCCGGUCUCCCAGUGCGGUGUGCCGCUGGCUCACCGCUUCACCUUCUUUGACCAGGUGCACACGACUGGCACGGAUGUGAAGCAGUCGUCCACAGCAGUUGCCGUCAUCACCUUUGGCAAGGAUCUCGUCUUACGCGAUUAUGCACAGGGUGCGUAUCGCAUGCGUGGCAUCGGCAAGGGGCAGCGGCUGUGCUUGUAUCUGAUCCCCGAGGUGGUCUCCCGCAUUCAGGCGGCGUUGGGGUCUCGGUACCGCACUGGUGACAUGCUCAAGGACGUUCCAGCGUGGCUCCUCCUCAACUCCAUGAAGGUCGAGGGCCUCCAGUUCUUCAAGCUCUCCCUGCAGGAGCUGGCGAAUGUGUGGCGCAAGAAGGCGAUUGCGCACCUCUUGCACGAUGCUCAGCACGCGAACGCACAUCCAGAGCUCUUCACGGGGUGGAUGCGCUGCCGUCGCUUUCACCUGCCACGACCGACAGCGGGCACCGGCGCCGCUGAAGCGGGCAAACACGCCAGCUCGGAAGAGGACGCAUCUGCUGCGAUCGCCGAUGCGGCGCUGAAGCUCCCUUCUGUCGACCUUCUCCGCGCUGCUAUUGCUGAGUUCAGGGAGGUGAUCGAAUACCCCGUUGCCGGAAGGAUUGCCCAGACUCCCUCCUUCAGCGAGCACCUGCAGGAGAUUCUGCAGGCGCGUUCGCAGGAGCUGAUCGAAGGCGAUGCCUUGUCGCAGGGGCUGGUGGAGCAGUUGCUUGACCGCAUGCGGCGCAGCAUUCAGGGCUCACAGGCGGCCGCCGAGGGAGGCAGUAGCGACCCCGCCAAGGAAGCCAGCGGCAAGGGCGCCACUGGGGCAGGGCAAGAAGGGGUGCACAAUACGAUGGACCUGAACGCGGAGAUCGUACACGAGCAAGAGGCGGAGCAGGAGCAGGAGCAGGAGGCGGAGCAGGAAGAGCAGCGCAUCUCCGCAUUUUCGCGCGACGACGAGAGUCAGAUUGGGUGGGCAGUGGACACGCUCCGGACCUGCGGCACGAUCGCGGCAGACACGGUGCGACCCACACACGGCUGCAGCUUCUACCAGAUGAACACCUUCCAGAUUCGACCCAGCCAGCCGAAGCUUCAGGUGUCAUCGCAGUACCUCGUGAGCGAUAACUAUUUCAGGCUGGACUGGCAUGGCGUGGGAGAGCGGCGGCUAAAGAACGUUUUCCUUUUUCUGGAGUGGGUGCCCAUCCCUGCUGCUCUUUCGGCGUCUGCAUCACAAGCCGCCACCGGUGGACCGUCGUCCGAGGCGGCGACGAUAGUCUGCUCCGGCCUCCUCACUCUCGCGGAGGGCGAGUCCAUGCGCUGGCUCAUUCAUCACUCCCGCUACGUGAAGAAGAACUUCUGCCUGGCGCUGCGCUUCGCCUCGAGCGGCGCCUACAUGGAUGCCACCGGGCCCUUUUCGGCGGUCGUGCACCGCCAAGGCGUACAGGCACUGCACCACAUGCAGUUGAGCUCGACCAGCUCGUCUGGCGGCGGCUACGAUGUGAGCACGUGCGACGCGGUGGCAGACAGAGCAGUGCUGCUCUACCGGUUCCUGAACAGCGACAUGUUCUAUUCCACCAAGCAGCUUGCCAUAUUGGAGGAGGUGCUAGAAGCGAUGUCGCCGUCCGACCGGCUGCACUUUUUCACGGAGUGUCUGCGGGUGCGCCGGCGCAGUCGCAACCACUGGGAGGAUGCCCCAAUCGCGGUGCUCUUUGUCUCCGAGGCGGAAAGGCCGUAUCUGCGCCAGCUGGCUGUCGGCAAGCGCGUGCAGCAGGGGGUGGAGGACAUGGCGGAGGUCGUGGUGCGUGCUGCGCGCCCGAAAGCGUCGGAGCGCGUGCGCCGCGAGGCGGAGCCGGUGCAGCGGAGCUUCGAGCGCUUCACCGUCGCUCUAUCGCAGGCGCUUUCCGCGUGCGGCGCUGCCGCUGCGUUUUCGGCGGAGCGUGUGGCGGAGAUGCUGGCGGAGAGCUUCCCGGCUGUCGUGAAAACGCUCAGCGUGCGGGAGGUGGCCCAGUCACUCUUCUUCCUUGUGCAGCAGAAGCGCGGCGCAGUGGGCUGCUCCGCUGCGUCCGCGCCACCCGCAGCCGCCGCCUCGGCGGACACGGCGCACUACAUCUCGGCCGAGGAGCUUUUCGCUGUGAUACCACCGCUGAACGCAGAGGUGCUGCGCGAACGGGUCGAGGCCGCGCACGCGCCUCACCCGUCUGCAGCUGCAGCGCAGUCCGCCAGUAUCGCUGUGUGGUCGUGUGACGCAUGCACAUACCAGAACCCGAUCGCGAGCAACAUGUGCUCGAUGUGCAUGGCCCCGAAGCCAAAGUCUGUGAGAGAGGCAGAGGAUGCGGCGAUGGCGGCUGCCGUCGAUGCCGCGGCCGGCGGGGCCGUGGAGGAGGAUGAGGGUGACGACGACGGUGUGGACGCGCCAUGGCAGUGUGAGGUGUGCACGUUUAUCAACGAAUCUCGCGCGAAGCCGAUGUGCGAGAUCUGCAUGGCGCCAAACCCGCGCCCACUGAAGAAGCCAGGUGGCGGCCGUGCUGAGAGGUCUCCGUUAGGUGGCGGCUUCGAGUGCCCGGAGGGGUACUGGGUGUGCUUGGUGGAGCAUGGCGGCUGCAGCAAGUUCAAUCCCAAUGCUUUGUUCUACUGUCAGGUGUGUGAGAAGGCGCGGCCGAAUCUUGCCAGCGUUCGGUUUUGA